CGGCAGUGUUAUUGUUUGCAAUUUUUACGCUAUCUGUAAAUGCACUUACAACAGAUAAUUAUUUAAAAAUGUUUGCGCUCCAACAACAUCCAAUUGAUCCAUGCUAUGAUGAAGAUCGACCUCGUCGAUGUAUUCCAGAUUUUGUGAAUGCAGCCUUUGGUAUACCCGUUGAAGCCAGUUCAACAUGUGGUCAACAUGGUCCAGCAAAAUAUUGUGAUUCACAAGAUAAUUGUAAUGUUUGUGAUGAAUCCCAACCAAAAAAACGUUUUCCAGCAAGUUAUUUAACAGAUUUGAAUAAUCCAAAUAAUGUAACCUGUUGGAGAAGUGAUCCAAUUGUUACAUCACUAUCACCAUCUGCACCGCCGGAUAACGUAACUUUAACGCUUUCAUUGGGUAAAAAAUAUGAGUUAACAUAUGUAACAUUACAAUUUUGCCCAAAAACAAUUAUCCCAGAUUCGAUUGCGAUUUAUAAGAGUAUGGAUUAUGGGAAUACAUGGCAACCAUUUCAAUAUUAUUCAAGUCAAUGUCGAAAAGUUUAUGGAAGACCAAAUCGUGCAACGAUUAGUAAAUUGAAUGAGCAAGAAGCUCGUUGUUCUGAUUCACAUCGAUAUACAGCAGGUACUGGGUCAAUGGUUCGUAUUGCAUUUAGUACAUUAGAAGGACGUCCUAGUGCAAGUGACUUAGAUUCCUCGCCGGUUUUACAAGAUUGGGUAACUGCUACAGAUAUCCGAGUGAUUUUUAAUCGUUUAUAUAUGCCAACGGAAUUAGAGGCUCCUAUGAAAAAAGGACCUGGUGGUGUGGGAGAAAAUGUUGUUGUACCAGUCGUAGUACGUAAUAAUGCUGAUUCAAUUGAAACUGAUGAUGAAGAUGAUGACGAAGAUGAGGACGGAGAUGAUGAGGAUGGCGAUAAUGAGGAUGAGGAUCCAACAAAAGGUCCACCCUCAGUUGUUAUGAAUGAAAUGCAAAGUGCUGUUGCUGAUGGUACAAUUAUAACAAAAGAGACCCAUAGUUUUCAAACAAUCAGUACUACGGUAACCAGUAACGAUAAUAGUGGUACUAGUAGGGCCUUGACACACCAUUAUGCUGUAUCUGAUUUGACUGUUGGGGGCAGAUGUAAAUGUAAUGGUCACGCAAGUAAAUGUAUGAUGGGUAGUGAUGGUAAAUUGGCCUGCGAUUGUAAACAUAACACUGCUGGACGCGAUUGCGAACGUUGCAAACCAUUCCAUUUUGAUCGACCAUGGGCGCGGGCAACAGCUCGAGAUGCAAAUGAGUGUAAAGCAUGCGAAUGCAAUCAACACGCCAGAAAAUGUCGUUUCAGUAUGGAUUUAUAUAAAUUGAGUGGUCGAAUUUCGGGUGGUGUAUGUUUACGAUGUCGUCAUUUUACGGCCGGUCGUCACUGUCAUUAUUGCAGAGAAGGAUACUACAGAGAUCCAACAAAACCAAUUACCCACCGGAAAGCAUGUAAAGCAUGUGAUUGUCAUCCAAUUGGAGCAUCGGGAAAAACGUGUCAUCAAGCAACCGGUCAAUGUCCAUGUAAAGAUGGUGUUACUGGUUUAACAUGCAAUCGUUGUGCCAAAGGUUAUCAACAAAGUCGAUCCCAUAUUGCACCGUGCAUAAAAAUUCCACAAGCUGUACAAAUUCAAGCAACUUCAAAUGGUGAAGGGGGCGCGGGGGCUGGCGCCCGGGGUAAAUCAAUGCGGAAAAUGUCGCGCUGGAACAAGAAGGCUAAAUUUGAACAAGUACUGCAAACGAGACUUCGCAAUUCAAGCAAAAGUGCUAACGCGGGAAGUGAUACCCGUAGCGGGCGGAAUCGUUGGAAAGGCAAUGGCUGGAGCACCUCCAAACGCAGGCCCUCAAGUGUGGAUAAGAUUUAUGAUAACAAUACAAGGAAUAUACAAAAGCAACAGCGAUUCUCGCCUAAGACGAGGACCCGCACGCCUACUCGUCCUAGCUACAGAUCUUACAUGCAAAUGUCCCAAGAUUAAAACGAAUAGAUCGUAUUUAAUUUUGGGACGGGAGAGAGAAGAUGCAGCCGGUGCACCUGUUGGUGGUGCUAUUGUUGUUGGACAACGUUCAAUUGUUAUAGAAUGGAAAGAUGAAUGGCAACGACGC